UCUCUCUGUUUUCCGUUUCACUCUAUCAGAGAUCAGUCUCAAUCUUCAGGCCGAAUCGCAUUUGAACGGCGACGGAGACGGCGGUUUGAGUCGUGUGGCCGGAUUACGGCUGAGCAUUUGUGCCUCUGUGUGAAGAAUUAUUUGAGCGAAGAUCAGUUAUGGCGGUGCCUCAGACUCCGGCGUCGACGCAGCUGGCCGUCACGGCGUCUCUAUACGUCGGAGACCUCAGCCCCUACACCACCGAGAACGACCUCUACGAGGCGUUCAACAACGACAACAAGAGCCUCGCGUCCGUGAGAGUGUGCAGGGACACCAACACCGGCAGGUCUCUCUGCUACGGCUACGUCAACUUCGUCAACACCGAUGACGCAAUUCAAGCCAUUGAGUUGAAGAAUAACUCUGAAGUGAAUGGAAAAGUGAUGAGGGUCAUGUGGUCUCAUCGCGAUCCUGAUGCUAGGCGAAGUGGAAUUGGAAAUGUGUUUGUCAAGAAUUUGGGCGAAGGGCUUGAUAAUGUAGGGCUUCAAGAUAUGUUUAAGAAAUUUGGAAAUGUUUUGUCUUGCAAAGUUGCCAUGUUUGAGGAUGGGAAGAGUAAAGGCUACGGCUUUGUUCAGUUUGAGACUGAGGAAUCAGCUACUGCUGCAAUUGACAAGCUAAAUGGAUUCACAGUUGGAGACAAACAGCUGUAUGUCGCGAAGUUUGUUAGAAAAAGUGAUCGAGUUUUGCCCAAUCCUGAUGUGAAAUAUACAAAUUUGUAUGUGAAGAAUUUGGAUCCAAAUGUCAGGGAGGAGCUUCUGGAAGAAAAGUUCUCUGAGUUCGGGAAAAUUGUAAGCUUUGCAAUAGCAAGGGAUGAAAAUGGGAUUUCUAGAGGUUUUUGCUUUGUGAACUUUGAGGGUCCGGAUGAUGCUAGAAGAGCACUGGAAUCUCUGAAUGGAUCUCAACUUGGUUCCAAGGUUCUGUAUGUAGCAAGAGCACAAAAGAAGGCAGAGCGUGAACAAAUUUUGCGUCAUCAGUUUGAGGAAAAACGGAAGGAGCAAGUGUUAAAGUUCAAGGGAUCAAAUGUGUAUGUGAAGAACAUUGAUGAUGAUGUCACUGAUGAAGAGCUCAUAGACCACUUCAGUCAAUGUGGCACAAUUACUUCAGCAAAAAUUAUGAGAGAUGAGAAAGGAAUAAGCAGGGGUUUUGGCUUUGUUUGCUUCUCUACCCCUGAGGAGGGAAAUAAAGCUGUGAUUACAUUUCACGGAUAUAUGUUUCAUCGGAAGCCAUUGUAUGUCGCUAUUGCUCAAAGGAAAGAAGAAAGACAAGCACAGCUGCAGCUUCAGUAUGCACAACGUAUAGCGGGAUUUCCUGGUCCUUCAGCGGCUGUCAUCCCUGGUGGAUACCCUCCCAUCUAUUAUCAGGCUCCAUCUGGGGUUGUUCCACCUCCUCGACCAGGGAUGAUGUAUCAGCCUUUGGGAUUGAGGCCAGGAUGGAGACCUAAUGGCUUUGGACCUACUUCUGGACCAGCUUUUCAACCACCCCCUGUUCCUGUUAUGUCCAAUAAUCCAAGGCAGCAUAGGCAAAACAGGGGCAGAAUAAAUGGGCAUAUGCCUUCCCAUGGAGGUCCUGUUAUUCCACAUUUGCAACAGUCAGCUCAGUUAACACACUCGAAGGAUUCUAACAAUCAACAGCGUUCAGGGCAGCCUAAAUAUGUUCCUAAUGGGCGUCAGCGUGACAUGAAUAAAGGAUCAGGAAUCUCCAAUUCUGUUGGAGGUGGGUCUCAGGGACCAGAGAUGCUGAGUAGUAUGCUUGCUGCUGCAUCUCCUGAGCAGCAGAAGCAGAUACUUGGCGAGCGUCUCUUCCCACUUGUGCAUAAACACAAGCCGGAUCUUGCUUCAAAAAUCACAGGGAUGCUUCUGGAAAUGGACAACUCGGAGCUGCUGCUUUUAUUGGAGUCUCCUGAGUCUUUAGCUGCAAAAGUAGGAGAAGCUGUUCAGGUCCUCAAGAUCUCCAAGACUAAAGUAUCUAGCAAGGAUUCCCUUCAUUCUAGUUACCUUUCUGCUGAGGUUGCAGUAAACUGAAAGAAAAACUCCAGUCGUGCGUGGUUAGAGGUUUUGUCGCACCUCAAGCUCCGGGAAAAUGAAUUUUUGAUACUUAAUUGG